AUGGUCCCCCCCCUACGGGGGAGAGAGAACUGCUCCCGAGGGCCGGGCCGGCAGGCAGGCGCGGGGCACGGGCCGGGCACCCGUCGGCGGCAUCCAGAGGUGGGCGUGGGGUCACUCGCUUUGGGCUCCGCGCUCGCCCCGUUUCUGCGGGAGCCGGCCCAAGGGGGAGGCCGGAAGAAGGAGCUACGAGCCGCCAACCUGCAGUGGCGCAUGCGCCCAACGAGCCAAGUUGGGACCCGGAAAAGGAAAACCUGGCGGCUUGAAUGCGCAAGCGCAGGGAGAUGGUGGAGCGAUAAGAAGCCAGGGAACCCUUCGGGCUUGCGCAGAGUCCGGGUCUAA